AUGUACGGCCAACGCACAAAUAUGAAACCCAAGCUCCCAAGAGGCCUGCCUCUCGGAUAUCUCAAUCGAUUAGAAGAAAGACUGGCAGAGACUGAGGCGGCUCUUUACGGUGCUCUCAUGACACUACCCUCGACAAGUCCAACGACUGUGGUUCAGGCCACUGCAGAGCCAGAUUCGGCGCGUAAGGCGAAGGCGACACGCCUGGACGAAUGGUCAAGACUGCCGCUCCGCACUUGGUCUGAUAUGAAGCGCUGGCAGGCCGCGAUGGGUGAUCAAUUUACCAUAGAACAGCCGCGGGCGAAACCGUUCACAGAGAGCUCUGGGGGUGGUUAUGCAACGCCCAUCUUGCGUACGGCCAGUACACCCAGCUUCGGAGAAGGGGAAGCACGAGGGUCGACUCUUGAUGCAUGGCAGCCCAGAGAGGAUGUUCACAUGGGUAGCUCAUAUGAGACCCAUCUUCGGCCUCUGGAGAUGAUGUCUGCCCCGGUACGCUCGAGAGGCCAGGCUUGGUCAGGUGUGACCUCACCCGACCGUUCGCCCGAGUUGACCAACGUCACUGGGACAGAUGAGGGUCGAAAAGAAUUUGAUCAGUCCAUCAUGGCAGACGAGCUGUCCAAAAGCCAGCCAAGCAUAUAUUUUUAA